UGAGUUUUCCUUGUUCGUGCAACUCUACCUUGUCUUUUCUAUGCUUGGCUUGCAUGCAGAUUUUGUUUCUCUUAUUGUCUGCCUACCUACCUUACUUAUAUCUAGGACUUUUGCUUUAUCUUGUUUCUGUCACUUGUCCUUCGUUCUUCCUCCUUUCCCUUUUCUGGAUAGAUCUUGAUGGGCAGUUUACAUCAAUCACCCUCUUUUAUGGACACAUUAUUUAUUCAUCCUUAUCAUAUAUAAUUGCGAUUCUAUCUUCUUUUUCUUUUGAUUCUGUUAAUUUUGCUUAUUGCCAUCAUGGUUGUAGCUUCAAAGAACGUGGUCGAGCCAGUGUUCAUCGUCUUCGCCUUCACUUUAGGUUGUCUUAUCAACAGGCGAAGAGAUACUCAAGUCACAUACAACGAAUCACUAGACGAUGUAGAAGACCAACGAUACGUCGACUCGCCUCCUCUGAAGCCCACUCUCCUCCAACACAUCGAGCACCCAGUUCGCAAGGCUCCCAACUUCUUCUUCGUCCUGUUAUCUCGCUUCUUCAAUAAAUUUCCGUUCUUGAUAGAGACUUGGUACUGGAACUUGACAUACUGGAUCUACCAAGGCCUUCGAGCAGUAUCAGCCAGAGCAAUCGCAGGCAACGAACCAAUCUUCACCCGCGCCCGAGACCACGCCCUUCAGAUUCUCACCCUAGAAUCCUUCUUCGGCCUCGAUAUCGAACAAUACUUCCAGUCUUACAUAAUGAACCAGCAACCGUGGCUCAUGCCCAUCCUCGCAAAGAUAUACUACUCCCACAUCAGCAUCGGCAUCCUCUUCCUCAUCUACAUCUACACAUAUCUCCCACCCCCGACCUUUCAACGCAUCCGUCGUACAAUCGCCGUCGAUAACGCUAUUGCUUUCGUAAUCGUGACGCUCUGGCGAUGCUCGCCUCCGCGAUUACUACCGCAGCAAUAUGGCUUCGUUGAUGUUCUGCAUAGUAAAGCUGGGGGUGCUAAUGUCUGGAACAAUAAUCGGUUCCAAUUGACUAUCGCGGCGAUGCCCAGUUUGCACUUUGGAACAUCGCUCUUCUUUGCAGUUUGCAUGUGUCGAUUCUCUCCGCAUCGAUUCAUGCGUAUCGUCGCUCCUCUUUGGCCGACUGCCAUGCUUAUUACUAUCGUCGCUACUGCGAAUCACUUUCUCACGGAUGCUUUUAUCGGGGCUCUGGUUCCAUUGUUGGGAUGGCGCAUUAACCGUGCUGUUCUUGUUCUGAAGCCGAUUCAGGGUUAUAUCUUUGCGCCGUUGAUCAACAGGCUGGACCUGGUCGAUUCUGAUGUGCGAGUUGUUCCAAAGACUUUGUAAUUAUGAUAUAGAACAAGAGGGUUUGCUUUCAUAUGCACGAAUAAGGAGAAUCGGGUGCUGAGUUUGUACAUUACCAGGGGAGUUCUCAUCUCUGAGUUCAUGGGGUUACUAGACACCAGGAAUGAAAUGAUAAUCGUAAUGAGACCUCUACACAGCUCUCUAACCAUAACUGUUGGUUAUUUAAGUAUCUUUGUGUCAGACUGUACUGCCAAGUCAUCUUGGUGCUACACUAGACGACAACGAAUGAACACGAUAGCAACGCAACGUAACACAAAUGACACUCCCUUAUAUCAAGCAUCUAUAUCUCAUAACUCAUGUAGUUCUCUCCUCUAUUCCUUCUUCGAAACCCUCACAACAACCUUUCCAAAAUGCUGCCCACUGCUCAAAAACUCCAACGCCUUAUUCGCCUCCUCGAACCCAAACACCCUGCUCACAACAGGGUGAAUCGAAUGCCUCUCAUAAAACGCCACCAUCUCCUCAAACCGAUCCUUCGGCCCGUUCAGAAUCCCCUUGAGCGUCACAUUCCUCCUCAGC